UGUUGGAUCCGGAUUCCGUCAGGAGAAGGUCGCACAGAAGCCUCAGCUCCCCACCUGCACCGCGAAAAUACUGGACAUUUCCUCAAAUUAUCAUGAAGAGGCAAAACGCAAGGACUCUCGCCCUCAUCAUCAGCAUCCUCACCUACUUGGUGGUCGGAGCGGCCGUCUUCGAGACUCUGGAGUCGAAGCAGGAGAAAAGUCACAAGAGGAGACUCGACGCCAGGAAGUACGAGCUCAUGCGCAAAUAUAACUUAACCAAAGAGAACUUCGAGGAGCUGGAGCACGUCGUUUUGCACCUCAAACCUCACAAAGCAGGGGUCCAGUGGAAAUUUGCUGGGUCCUUUUACUUCGCCAUCACUGUGAUUACGACAAUAGGUUAUGGCCAUGCAGCCCCCAGCACUGACUCAGGGAAAGUGUUCUGCAUGUUCUACGCCCUCCUGGGGAUCCCGCUAACCUUGGUCAUGUUCCAGAGCCUGGGUGAGCGGAUCAACACGUUCGUCAGGUACCUGCUGCACCAAGCCAAGAAGUGCCUGGGAAUGCGUCAAACCGAGGUCUCCAUGGCGAACAUGGUGACGGUGGGCUUCUUCUCUUGCAUGAGCACUCUGUGCGUGGGGGCCGUGGCGUUCUCUCACUGCGAGGGAUGGAGCUUCCUCCACGCCUUCUACUACUGCUUCAUCACGCUCACCACUAUCGGGUUUGGAGACUACGUGGCCCUGCAGAAGGACGAUGCGCUGCAGAAUGACCCCCGGUACGUUGCUUUCUGCUUCAUCUACAUCCUGAUGGGCCUGACGGUGAUCGGGGCCUUCCUCAACCUGGUGGUGCUUCGCUUCCUGACCAUGAACACAGACGAUGAGCGGAGAGACGCCAAGCAGAAGGCCUUGCUGUCUGCCAGUAAACCAAGAGGAGAGGUGGCUCGUCUAUUACCGCUCUCAGCCUCAACUUCCUCCACACCUGUGACAGACGACACGACAAAGGCUAAAGAUUUAAAAGGCGUCUACACUGAGGUGCUGCAUUUCCAGACUAUAUGCUCCUGCCUGUGGUACCGGAGCAAGGAUAAGCUGCAGGGCUCCAUACCUACUAUGAUCCCGCAGGAGCUGACGUUCUCUGAUGCCUACUUGCCGCAGGACAGUAAUUGUCCUCACUACAUGGAGCCUGCAUCAACAGGCUGCGUUUGCAGUCCACGUCAGUGCACGAGCAUAAGCUCCAUAACAACGGGCCUACACAUUCUCUCCCCAUUCAGGGUGUUUAAGAGACGCAGCUCCGUCUAGCCUUUCAACACAGCAGAUUCCAGUGCGGCAGAAAACGUCUAUACUGCCAAGUGGACAACACAUACUUGGCAGUCCUCACAGGAAAAACAUGACUGCAAGAAGAUGUUUAUGGUGCUAUAAUCCCAGUAAACCAACAGUAGAACACACAAAAGGGAAAAGCACAUACAGUACUGUAAACAGCAAAGUCUUACUCAAAUAUGUAUUUGAGGGAGCACAUUUUGACCUGAGGUGUUAUUCAGGGGCGCCCUGUGCUCUUUGAAUAGUCAUGUCAAGAAGCCAGCCAACCCACUAUACAAGAACACGCUGCAGUGCAUGUGGUGUACUGUGUACACAUGUUGUAGGUGAACAGCUGAGCAGAAUAGGUGCGGUUCAGGUAGACUGAGCAGAGGUAGAAUAAAAUGGCUCGACAAAAUGACAGAAACAUCUUUUGUAGCAGCUCUGCAGGAAAUUCCAAUUGUUUGUUUGUGUUGAGAACGUCAGAGAUGUUAAUUCAACUCAGGGGUUAUUUUCAUAAAGUUCUAGUGUUGUUUGUUCUGCGUUUGGCGUUACACAUUACACUGUUUGCAACUGAUGCAGCACCGACUGAGGCUUUCUCAUCAUAAGUUGCCUUAUAUUGCCCAACAAAUGUAUUUAUGCAAAUAAAAUAUUUAUUAUAUUAUUUAAUCUGACGCAUACUCAUAACUUCACAUGACUCACUUGUGCAGCUGCCUCCGUUAUUGUGAUUUUCAGCACUCCCUGUCCAAAUUGCUGGUGCAUCAGUCACAAACACUGCCAAAUUAUAUAACGUGACAAGUGGAAAAGUUCAAAAAAUCAUGAUGACAUAUCCCAAACACAGUAAAACUGCAUUAGCAAAGAAGUGCAGUACUCACAAGUAGACACUCAGCGACAGUGGCUGAAACACACUUAGCAGCUUAGCAACACUACAAAGCACUGCUUCAAAAAUGACCAUCGGGCUAAAUCAGCAACUCUGACAGUCUCAACGAAAAAACGAACAUUAUGAGCUGCUUUAAUGCAGAGUCACUGUUUUGUAAGGUGUUUCUGUUAUUUUGUCCAACCCUGUAGCCACAGGUUGGUUACAUCAAUCACUAUUUGGCAGUUCUGGGUCCAGAAGCCAGCUCAGAGCAGGUACUGGUUCUGUUCAUGGUGUUGCUAAUGUGAGUCCUUCAGGAACCAGAUACACACCAACCAUGUAGGUACUUGUGAGUUGCAGUUGUUGCAGAUUAAAGGGAUAGUCUGACAUUUUGGGAAAUAUGCUUAUUCUUUUCUUGCUGACGGUUAGAUGAAAAAACAAUACCACUCUCAUGUCAUUGGACAUAUCAUGCACAUUUCCAGGUCUAUAUUUAUAUUCUGGGGCUCUGCAGG